AUGUCAUCUCAUCAACCAUCGACGGCAAAGACACCCUCAGGCGGGCAAGACCCGCUAAAUAGCCAGGAAGCUUUCGGCUUAGAGUCUUCUGAUCCAAAUAUGCACACCUACUCAAACAUUUUACCAUCAUGGUCACAAGGCGCGAGAAAAAACGGCUCCUCGAGCAAGUCGAAGCAGGAUUCAGACGACUCGCCUCGAACGGAUCCAAAAGAGAGAAGGCGCGAGCAGAACCGCCUUGCACAGCGAAGGUUUCGGGAAAAACUUAAAAAGCAGAAUAUCAACCGUGACUCGCGCAAUGUCGAGGAUGCUGGGAGCAGUUAUCAAGUCCCUGAAGCGGAUAACAUGGGGCUGAUGGGAAGCGACGUUGCCCCUUUAAGCCUGCCUUGGGAUGGCCUUAACAUAUCCUCCAUAUUUGUUCGCGGGUAUGAUGACACGAGAGGCGGUGGUCGAGUUGGCGCGAGCGCAGAUGCACACCAAUGGAGCGGUUCGACCAUGGAAACCUAUACCUUCGGCAGCGACCCACAGUAUCUGAGCCCAAAAGGCCCUGGUAUAAGCAGUUAUGCUUACACAGAAUCUGGGAGCUGGAAGGGAACUGAAGAUAACGCCGGGGGAGACGAAUCCUUAUACGAGAGCACCCUCUGCUACCACGACCAUCAGGGGUCCUCGGGCUGUUAG